AUGAAGACUUUGCUGAGGUCAUUAAGGAAUGUGAGAAGGAUACAGGCUUUGUCAGCAAGUUUGAGGGCCCAAUUCAAAAGAAAGACAGUUGACAUCAGCGAAGAACAGCUAGGAAAAGAGCUGAAGAAGAGGGGAUAUGUCUAUAGGAAGAAGAGGGUUGUUCUACAGCUAACUGAAGCUCAUAAAGAGCAGAGAAUGUCCUGGGCUAGGUCUUUGAUUGACUCAGAUAUCGCUUCAUGGAUCUUCAGUGAUGAGUGCUAUGUGCAUCUCUUUCGUAACUCUAAUUUGUGCAAAGAAGGGAUAAACGCAACGAUUGAAGAGCCUAUCAAUUGAAAAACCUCAAUUAUGAUCUUGGGAGGAAUUUCUAUCGUUUUUGGCAAAAUGCUCUUCAUAAAGAAGGAGAUGCAAUCAAUGCCCAGGUCUAUAUCAGAGACAUUCUCCAGGGCUAUAUUGAGCCUUUAG